AUGCUCCUGGCGGGGCUGCGGCGCGGCCUCCGCCGCUUCCCCAAGGGGCUCCCCCCGCCCCGCACCGCCCGGCCCGGCGGGCAGGGGAGCAGCGGGAGGACGGGGGUGUCCCGGGAGCGGUUGUCCCGGCCGGGCAGGGCUGCUCUGGGCUUCCUGGGAGCCUUCUCCCUCUUCUCCAGGGAUGCUGAGGAGGAGGAGGAGGAUGGCGAGGACGCAAUUAUCCUCCUGCUGAAGAAAGCCAAGCUCAGCGUCAUGAAGGGGGAGCUGGCGGAGGCCGAGCGGGUUCUGCACCAGGCCCUGCGGCUUUCGCACCGAGCGGACAACAGGAAAGCCAUCGUCUAUACCUACAGCAUGAUGGCAAACGUGGCUUACAUGCAGGGACAGCUGGAGAACGCAGAAAAGCUCUACAAAGCAAGCAUGAGCUUUUUACUUGCAGGGGACACAAAGGAGGAUGACAAUGCAGUCCUUGAGAUGUCCCUCAAGCUGGCCAGUAUCUAUGCUGCUCAGAAACAGCACAAGUUAGCUCUGGCUGGUUAUGAGUUUUGCAUCCUGACCUUAGAGGAGAAGGUUGCCAAGCAAAAGGACUUGCCUGAGGAUGUCUUAUCAGCUGAAGAAAAAGCCAACACCCGUCUCUUGCUUGGGAUGAGCCUGGACUCCUAUGCUCGCUACCUCCUGAACAUCAACCAGCUCCCAGUGGCCCAAAAAAUGUAUGAGAAGGCUCUGCAGAUAUCACAUGAAGUUCAGGGAGAGACUCAUCCACAGACUGUGGUGCUGAUGAAUGAUUUAGCCACUGUCCUGGAUGCUCAGGGGCACUAUGAUGAGGCAUACUCCUGUGUCAAGAGGGCAGCAGAGCUGGCCAAGGAGACUCAACACCCUGAGGAGCACAUGGUGCUGAAUAACCUGGCAGCAAUUCUGAUGCACAAAGAAGACUUCCUGCAAGCAAAACAAGUGUACACAGAAGCUCUCAAGCAGGCACAGAAGAAGGGAGAUGCUGCUUCUGUCCAGCAUAUCCAGGAAGAACUAGCAGAGCUGGCCAAGAGGAGAAAGGGCUCCAAAUGAGUUUGGCCACAGAGUCCAACUGUGAAGUGGCUGAAAGCAGCAAGGGCUGGUCAGUAAAAGCAACCUCAGAUCUGUUUGCAGUUCUCCAGGGAAGCAGCAGUAAGGAGUUUCAGGACUGUUUAUCAAGAAGGGCUUCCCUGGCCAAACAACUUAGCCCAAAAUAAAGUUGUAAAAUCUUAACUGUGUAAA